ACAAGAACUCACAGAUCUCUUCUCACCUCUUUUCCUUUAACAAACUAUUUGAAUCUAAAUUCAAAUUGAUUUGUUAAGGGAAACCUGAGCUAGAAAAACCAUGGCAAAGAUCUCCUUCGUACUUUUCGUUGUGGCCCUUAUCGCCUUUCUCCACGCUUAUGAAGCUCGCAAAGUAGUAAAUCUCGGUGAAGCAUUUGAAAAAGACUUACAUAAAGCCGAGGCCAUGAUCGCGGAAGAAUUAAAGGCUAAGAAAACGAACAUUCAAGGUUUGAAAUCUGAGGUGAAAACGUUGAGCAAAUCAGAAGUGAUGUUGAAGGAACUUGGAAAUGCUUACAAGAAGGAUAUGGACUUAAGGCCUUACGAAAAGAAACUCAAAAACUUCAGCAGGAUCGUAGCCCUCAAGAAAGCACCUAUGAAAAACAACAACAAGAAACCUGUAUCCAUAAUCCAAUCGAUUUUGAAGGACUUCGGAUUAAACGGAGGGAGGAACUGACAAAAAACUAUUAAUAAUUAGGGUGUGAUUAAUGUUUUAAUGAGGUUUCGACUUCGCCAUGGAGUUUAGCUUUACAAGUGAGAGGAGCCAAUAAUUCUCCCAUAGUAUAUUAGUUACAUUAAAUUGUAUUUAAUACAAUUAAAUGAAAUAUUACUACUUAUUAUGAUCAUAAUAUGUUUCCAUAAGAAUAUAUUCUGAUUACAGUUUGCGGAUACAUAGUUAACAUUGACAUUGCCGGAAAAAAAAAAAAAAAAAAAGUAGUUGCAGUGAAUCGCAAUAAUUUACAGACUAAUGAAAUGAUUGUCAAACUAAAUAUUUCUGAUUUAAUUUGGUUAUGACAAUGUGUCUUUUUUAUUUCUGUAUGAUAAUGUGUCUUAUACUCUAAUUAAUAUAUAUAGUUACAGAUCAACACGAUAAAGAUAAUUGUUUUACCGAUAAAUAUAAUUCAGG